UCUCCUCUUCUCACAGUCACCAAACAUCACAAUCACAAUCACCAUCACCACUACCAACACCACCACCAUACCAAUUCACAACCUACAAGCUAUCUCCUAUAAUACCACCUCAUCACACCCAGAUAUCCACCUAUCCCUCCCCCCAGCUGCAGGAAUGUCUUCCACCGCCCUCACAGCAACCGGCACAUCCGCCGCCGCCGCCCCCUCGACGACGGCAUGCGGCUCCCGGCUCUAUGACACGCCCGUCCAGGACCGCGUCUGCGCGAUGCCCUACGGCGGCAACCACACCGACAUCAUGUCGGCCUGCUGCCGCGACGCCGACGUCGUCGCCUACUACGACAACUGCGGCCUCUACUGCCUCGCCCUCGGCCAGUCCAUCAAAGACCUCCAGGACUGCCUCUUUGAGCAGGGCGCCGGCUACACCGACGUCUUCUGCCGCGACAACGGCAACGUCAACGCCAGCGCCACGGCGACGGGGAACCCGGAUCAGCCGCCCGCGUCCGCCCAGGCGAGCGUUGUCGCUUCGGGCGGCGGUGACGACAAGGACGGCGGCGACAACACGGCGAGCGGCACGGGGAGCGGUGCCUCGUCGACCUCCUCACCCAACGCCGCCGCGGGCGGGUUGCACGCCCCGGCCGGCGUGAGCACCCUCGGCCUGACCGUCGGCGCGCUCCUGUUGUCGGCCGCCACGUUUGGCGCUCUCCAGAUUUGAUAUGGAAAAAGGACCCAUGCUUUAUCAGGUCAUCGAAAAGAAGAAAAAGCGACAACGGGAUCGGGACAUGAUUAAUGCAAUGGCAUGAUGAAUCAUUUUCUUCUUCUUCUUAUUCUUCUUGAGGGAAGAAGAAACCUGACGGUCGUGAAUUGGGGGGGGGAACAGGCAAGCAGGGUGCAAACAGGACCCCUAGCAAAGAGAUAUCCAUUCCUACAUUGGAAGAAAUGUGGAAGUUUGUAUUUGAAUGCAGGCACGUUUUCAGCAAGUAACAGGCGGUGUAAUUAAAUUAAAAAAAAAAACCCCC